AUGCCUGCCGCCAGCGCAUCAGCGCAACAAGUCAUCACCGAGACUGUCGAGGGAUAUGUCUUUGAGCACUCAGGCCCGUUAGAUGCGGCCCCAAAGACCACAUACGAAAUCCGGGGCUUGAAGACGGCCAACAAACUCCUCAAGACCCGCAUGGGGCUUGACCCAUCGACUUCAGACGACCUGGCCGAGCUGAAGAAGGAGAACAAGCGCCUCAAGGCAGAAUAUGAUGCCGAUGGCUUGCAGAAGCUCCUGGCGCCAGAUAUCGCCGCCGCCGAUACGUUUUGGCAGGACGUGAUCAAGACAUCGACUCCAGAUAGCUGGGUAUCGGCCGACGCCAUAGGGACGGCCUACCUGCCGAACCUGACAGCACUGGCUUUCGCCGCGUGGUCCCAGUCGCCCCUGGCAGACGAAGUAAACAAUGAUGUGAACGGAGAGCAUUACUUCAAGCGCACCGUCACAACAGGGCCAGGCGUCCUGGCCUCGGAUAUUCUGGAGGGCUGGGGCGGUGUUACGACCCGAUUUACCAUUCCGGACUAUGCGACUCCCCCAAACAGGAUUCAGUUCCCGUUCCUGCGCCUCCUGCCUGAGUUUCCUUUCCAGGCGGCAGGCAGUAAGGUUCUCGAGGACAACAGCGAGGACCCUCUGUUUGGGGUGUUGCACAUCUCGGUGCGCGAUGUUGUCGGUGCCGCGGGCGAGCACGGAAUUGAGAUCUACUCGACCGUCUGGUAUGGGGAUGCAGCAAAGGAUUCAUUCCUCGAGGCAGAGAGGCAGCACAUGGUUGUUGAAAUAUUCAACUUGGCCAUUCAGGCCCAGAGAGACGUUGAAAGCGGCAAAUUCACUGUGCCGUCCGUGUGA